UUAGCUGUUUCUUCGUGUUCAGAGCUGCGCAGUGCAGAACUCAGGCUCAGACACUGUUUAUCUGUGCAGGAAAAGCAGAGAUAAGCCUGGCUCUGUAAAAAUACAGGAAGUGUUUGGCUUGUUUACACAGAGAGUCAUGUGUUAUGAAUGAGUGUGUGAGUGUGUAUAGGUGUGUGUAUAGGUGUGUGUGUGUGUGUGUAUGUAUAUAAAUGCUGGAGAACUGCAGUAGAUCACACACUUGUUCAGUUCUGCUGCAAAGAUGGACUUCAAGAUUAAACACACCUGGGACAGCAAACCUGUGGGUCAUGAUCCGGUGACCAUCCAGUUCUCACCUGGAGAUGGAGGUCUGAAGAUGGAGGUGUGUGCUCCUUUCUUCAAUGACCCACCCGCCCCUCCGGGUCCAGCCGGGGAGCCAUUCCCUGGUCUCUGGGACUAUGAGGUGGUGGAAUCAUUCUUCUUGAACAGCAGCAAUGAGAAGUACCUGGAGGUAGAAGUGUGUCCGCAUGGACAGCACCUGGUUCUGCUGCUGGAUGGAAUACACAACGCUUUCAUUCAACAGCUUCCUCUGUCCUACAGCGCAGUUAUAACUGGGGGCCGGUGGAAGGGGGAGGGGCUUAUUCCCUGGAAGUACUUCCCCCCAGGUGUGGAUAAGAUGAACUCAUACGCCAUCCACGGCUCUGGGAGUGGGCGGACCUACGAGGCCCUUUACCCCGUACCCAAGGAGGAUCUUCAGGAGGGACAGGGACCUGACUUUCACCGCCUGGAGUAUUUCCAGCCGUUCAGGCUGCAAAGCAUUAUGGGAGAAGGCUGGGUGCAGCCCGAGUGUGACCUGUGGAAGCGCUGAUCUGACCGGCUGAGGCAGGACUGAUGUGACCCCUCGCGACCCACAGCCCUUAUCACAGCUAAUGAUGAAGAUGAUGAUUACCUUAACGAGUUUUUAAUGGCAGGUAGACGGGCUUUACCGUGUGUGUGUGUGUGUGUGUAUAGUGGUGGGCCUACACCAGCUCAAUAAACCAGCCUUAUCACCCACAGUACUAACACACCCUGCUAAUCUAGAUCACUAAAUAGCUAAUAAAACUCCGCCCACUACACCUGUCUCUCUUUUUUAUUAUCCUGUAAACAUAUCAGCAAUAAUCAGAGCCAAUAAAUGUGCUAUAAAUAAAUAAUUAAAGGUUUGGACAAUGUAUUUUGCUCAUUAUGGUUUGUGUUAAAGGACUGUAAAAAAAAAAAACUCAAUGUAAUUGUCUCUUUCUCUCUCUCUCUCUCUCUCUAUCCCUUUUACCUUCUGUAACAACUUCUGUAAGUGAUGUAAAUGUGAUAAACAGAUUUUUUUUUCUUUA